UCAUUCUGAAUCAGCGGCGUUGUAGUCAGCUUCUUCUCCAACUGCUGCUGCCGUUGCUUCUGCUCUUGGCAGUUUCCCAGGCAGCGAACCAACCAGCCGAACCAGAGGAGGUGGCCAAGGCCAAAUGGGUGGCACACAAGCAGGCGAACAUGCAAUUUAAUUACCGCAACGCAGGUCCAGUAUACGACUGGGAAUUUUAACUUAUAUAUAGCCAACAGUGCGACAGUAUUCCUCAGUCGGCAAGCGACAGACAUACGUAAGAAUGGAAAAACAACUUCCACAGAACAGAAAUAAGUGUGAUUUGGGCUGGAGGUUUGUCCAUUACUUGAAGGAGUACUGCCAAAAUUGUAGCCUGGCGGGUUUUUCCUAUAUAGCCAACCACAACUUACAUCUAACGGAGCGCAUCUUUUGGCUCAUUUGCAUCCUUGCCUCGACCUUUGGGGUCUAUCAUCUGAUCGAUAUGUACCAGCGCGAUUAUACCUCACGUGCUGUUAGCAUUGUCCACGAGAGUCUAUCGCCAUUUGCCUUGUUGAAAUUUCCAUCGAUUAGCGUUUGUGAGGUGCGCUUCAAGACGGACUUCUCCGAAGAAGUAGAGAACUUUGUGGGCAGCUUGGGCACAGACCUAAAUGGACCCUAUAAUUGGGAAGUGGAGUCGUAUAUAUCGUUUAUAUUGUUUCCCUAUCAAUAUACAACUGGAAUGUUUACUCGCUGCGACCCCUACGAGAAAUGUGAUGGAUGCGCAAAGUGCCCCAAAAAUGGAUAUCGACAUAUUGCGUCCAGGUUUGCCUUUAAUUGCUCGGAUCUGUUUGUCGAAUGCAAGUUGUCGCAUCAGCCAUUCGAUUGCUGCCAAUACUUUUUGCCCAUGCUGACACCGUUCGGCAGCUGUUUCCUCUUCAACUCGCUGCAGAACAACAAUCCAGGCUCAAAGCAUUGGCUGCCGGCAAUGUUGGAUCGUGGCAGCCACCCCGAGAUGCGUUUGCAUCUGACGCGAGCGGCGCAGGUGAGUGUGCGCAAUGAGGAGGAUAUCACCAAUCAGCCGCUACCAUCGGUGGGCGUCAUCGUACUCGAGGGGCAGCACAAGACGCUGCAGUUUCACAAGGAAGACAUGGUGAAUGAUCCGUCUAUGAGGGAUAUUCCGGUGGCCGCACGCGAUUGCUAUUUCCCGGACGAGGUGCAGCCGUGGAGCAUGUACAAGGCGUACAGUUUCAGUGCUUGCAUCAGCGAUUGCUCUCGGUUGUAUCAAAUGGAGCUGUGCAAUUGUUCCAUCUACAAUUUGACACCGUACGAGAAUAAGCGCUAUCCCGACUGUGACUUCGCUGGCUAUUUGUGUCUGGAGAAGGCAUCGAUGGUCAAACAGGAUGUUAAGCGACUCUUUAGUAUAAAUUCACCGACGAUCAAUUGUCAUUGCCUACCCUCCUGUACGGAGGGCGAUCUUAAGUCCAUAUAUGAGGAUCAAAAUGGUAAAACUAUCAGGGAGCGGAGUGUUAAUAUAACACUGGUGAUGCCAAUUUGGCCCACUGAUCAAUACCGGCGUCAGGUGCUGCGUACGUCGCUGGAUGUCGUUGUAUCGAUUGGUGGUAUACUGGGACUCUUCCUUGGCGCCAGCAUCCAAAGCGCCAUCGAGUUUGUCUACUACUUUACUCUGCGUGCUGCCAACACUGCGCUAAUGGCACGCAGAGAACAGCGCAAAAGACCACAAUAGUUGGUCAUUUGCCAGGCCAGAAUUAAAUAUUCAGUGCAAGUGUUUGUAAAUUGUCACGAA